AUUCUUGUCUUCCUGUCCCAUUCAGCGGGCACCUCAAGGACUGGCUCACUCGACUCUCACAAGUGCUUGCUCCCCACAUCAUUAGCACGGCCAGAAGUCCAGGAAUGCCAUGUGCCAAGCUAGGGGCCGGCGGGCGAAGCUUAGGCGGGCGGGCUAAAGUGACAUAGACAUAUAGCCAGAUUACAGUCCAGACUACCGGAAGCGCUUUCCCCCAGCGCCCUUUGCCCCCCCACCCCCCACCCCACCUCAGGGCUUGCGGCUAGCUGGAGACCAGGAGGUCUUGAUGGGCCAUGGGCCGGCGUCUGCCGGUAGAGCUGCUGCCUCACUAAGUCGGACCCCGCCAAUGACGCCCGGCGGCGAGCCAUUGCGGAUGCGGGGCAGCACUUCGCCGCCAAGUUCAUCACGCCGGAGCAAAAGUUGCGCUACUGGGUGGCAGCGCUGCAGUCGUACGCGGCCCUGGCGCCGCCGGAGCUGGCUCGCGUCGUGCCGAGCGUUGAGGGCCUGCACGGCGGCUGCAAGCGCUAGAUGGGCCGUGCCGGCUGCAGCAGCAUCCUGGCAGCGCUGCAGCGCGCCAGUGACGACAAGAGCUCCGUCAGUGACAGCCAUAGCGAGCGGCAUUAGCAAGGGCAGCAGCAACGAUAGCAAGAGCGACAGCAGCAACAAGGGGCGAAGCAGCCGGAGGAGCAGCCAGCGCAGAUCCACAAUGGCGUACUCUAGCAGUAGGGAAAGGAAGGCUGGCAAGCAAGCCGCUGGCGAAGUUGUUUGCCCUCCUGCGGGGUGGUGUGUGGCGGUGACUGACUUGCGCUGACACGGUAACGCGCCAUGCCUCCUUGCGGUGGAGGCGCGGCGAGGAUGCCCCGCACACUGCUUUCAGGGGCACCUCAAAUAGGAGUGAGGUAGAAAUUGUGAUUAAGGGAGUGAAUCAAUGCUACGGCCGGUUCUGGUGUCUCAACUACGUACGCUGUAUGCAUGUGAGUCCAUGUGGACUGCAGAGAAUAUGUACUGAAUGCAGGGAAGUUCGUAUGCCAUCAGAUGUGUGACAGCCCCCCUACACUUAAAUGGGCACCGUGGGCGCUUCGCAAUUGCAUAAGUGUGUGCAUAUGUGGUGCUCGUUGGUUCGGGCGAGCGAGGGUGCGUGCACGUUGCUUUGGACGUUGAUGCGGAAGAGGCGCUCUGCUGCUCACUAGGUGACUUACAUUGGGCUGCUCCAGGUGCAGUGAUGCCGACUUGCCGAGGCAGGGCGUGCAUUUCCUGACAGCGGCGUGUGCCCGAUGCAGCCCCUCAGGCGAGGAAGACGGACGCUUUCCUUCAUCAGGUUCAGUUCCAGACAGCAUAAUCUCUGUCCCUUCAUGUAAUGUCGCAUUCAU